CUUUUCCGGCAAACAGCCAACAUGCCUCCUACUAAGCCGAAGACGAAGUCAGGAAAGACUAUCAAGAAGGGAGGCAAAAAGAAGAUUGCUGAUGCUCCUCUUUCCAAGAAGAAAGUUGAUGCUAAAAAACUGAGAUCAAAUCCUUUAUUUAUCAAGAGACGAAAGGAUUUCCGAAUUGGUCAAGAUAUCCAACCAAAACGUGAUCUGACAAGAUUUGUAAGAUGGCCUAAAUACGUACAGUUACAACGUCAACGAGUUGUUUUAUACAAGAGAAUCCGUAUUCCUCCACCAAUCAAUCAGUUCACUCAGACCCUAGACAGACAAACUGCCCAACAGUUGUUUAGAUUGAUGGAUAAAUACAGACCAGAAACUGCUCUAGCCAAGAAAAGACGAUUGAAGAAAAGGGCUGAAGAGAAAGUAGCUAAAGGAACAGACGCUCCAACUAAACGACCAGUUACUGUAAGAUCUGGAGUUAACACUGUCACUAGAAUGGUAGAGUCAAAGAAAGCACAACUUGUUGUCAUCGCUCAUGAUGUGGACCCCAUUGAGCUAGUGUUAUUUUUACCAGCUUUGUGUCGUAAAAUGAACGUUCCAUACUGUAUUGUGAAAGGUAAAUCAAGAUUAGGACGAGUUGUCCACAGAAAAACUUCUACCUGUUUAGCUAUACCAACUGUUAAUUCUGAAGAUAAGUCAUCAUUAAGUAAGUUAGUAGAAGCUGUCAGAACCAACUAUAAUGAGAGACAUGAAGAGAUUCGUCGAACCUGGGGUGGUGGUAUACUCAGUAAGAGAUCUCAAGCUAAACAGGCUCGUAUUGAGAGAAUCAAGGCUAAGGAAUUGGCCCAGAGAAUGGCCUAAAAUUAUACUGAUAAUACCAAUAAAUAAAAAAAACAACAUCUUUUAGUGUUUUAUCUUGUGAAAGUUUUAACUGUC